UCUGCAUCUAUUCAAAUAAACCUGGGAAUAAACUCCAGCAAGGUAAAGUAUUAAGCUUUGUGCUGAGCAGUAUGGUCAUAAAAGUAGUUUUAUGCUGUCUUGAUGACUUUUAGGCAAAGUGUUUUGUGGUCUGAUGUUUUAUUUGUGAACAAAUUAAAACUGUACAGGUUCAGCUGUCAGCUUAUUCAUGAGUAAGUUAUUUCAGUUAUGCAGGCUGCUACCUGCGUAACAAGUUUUUAAGACUGAGUUCUCUAAAGGGAGUUUAGAGCAAAAGCAGCUCAUUUCUCAUGCAAUCUGAUCUCUACAACAAGGUGGACUUUAUCAUUAUUAUCUUGGAUAAAGCAACUUCAAUUUCCACAGGCAUAAAGUAUAUGAUUUAUUGAAUGAAAGUACAGUUUAAAUGUUAUCGAUUGCCUCCAGGUUGCAGGAAUGACUAAAGAGAAAACUCAGUGGAAGGAAUUCUUAGAGGCAGUGAGUACUCUGCAAUGGGUGAUAUCCUUUCUCACCUUAGCAGUGGCCUGUAUUAUCUUGAUGGUGUGCCUUAUGUUUACCUCACUGUGGCCGCUCCCCACUCUGUACUUCAUAUGGAUGGUGGUGGACUGGCAAACCCCUGAAAGAGGGGGCAGGAAAAACACAUUUGUGAGGCGGUGGAGGGUCUGGGAGCACCUCAGAGAUUUUUUCCCAAUCAAACUGGUGAAGACGGCCGAGCUGAAUCCAAACAAAAACUACAUCUUAGGUUGUCAUCCGCAUGGUAUCAUGAGUCUUGGGGCCUUUACCUGCUUCAGCACAGAAAGCUGUGGCUUCACCGAGGUGUUUCCUGGGGUGCGAGCCACCCUGGCGAUACUGGCAGGACUUUUCAGGGUACCGCUCUUUCGGGAGUACGCCUUGUUUACAGGUCUUUGUCCAGUCAGCAAACCAAGCCUUGGCCACGUCCUCUCAAAGAGAGGCAAGGGAAAUGCAUUGGUGAUUGUGAUAGGGGGCGCUGCCGAGUCUCUGGCGUCCUCUCCUGGAGUCAACGCGGUGGUAAUGAGGCAGAGAAAGGGAUUUGUCAGGGUGGCUCUUGAGUUUGGGGCUGAUCUGGUGCCUGUUUACUCAUUUGGGGAGAAUGAUCUCUUCCGGCAGGUGGUUUUCUCAGAAGGCAGUCUAGGUCGGAGGUUACAGGACCUGUUUAAAAAGAUUAUGGGUUUCGCCCCGUGUCUGUUCAUUGGCGAGCGCUUUGCAUUCCUGCCCUACAGGAUUCCAAUCACCACCGUUGUGGGAAGUCCAAUCUCAGUGCCACAGCGCGUCACACCCACUGAGGAGGAGGUCGACCACUAUCACAGGCUUUACAUGGAGUGCCUGUCCAAGUUAUUCCAUGAACACAAGGUCAGCUGUGGACUUGCUGAAAGUCACAAGCUCCAGAUUAUUUAGACAUUUCCCUUCCAAAUGAACUGUGAAGCUGUCUUUAAUGAUGAACUUCAUCUUCAACAAUCGAUGGAUCCUGCAGCUUUCUUUGUUCAUACUCUACUCCAUUUGAAAAUAUUUAACAUGAACAUGUGCCUUAAAUAAUCAAGACUCCCAGUGUGUGGGAUUGUGUGUUCACAAAGCACUGAAACAUUGGUAUCUUGUUACGCUAUUCUGUCAUGAAUUUCACAACGUAUUUAAAAGUGUAGUGCAUUUCUAAUGUGAUUUUACAAUCGCUGACAAUGUGCGAUGAAAAGACAUGCGUGAAAUAAAAAAUCCUUGCUUGUGUUGAA